AUGAUUAUUGAAUAAUUAAGAAAUCCAUAUAAUACAUACACUCAAAUCAAAGAUAAUCCUAAGCUAUUAUUCAAGAUCUCAUUCUACUCUUUUGCUCUACUCCUGUUAUCACAGUUACCACCAUUUGUAUUAUUCUUAUUUAUUUAGGCUUGUGUUUGUUUGAUCAUUAGUUAUUUAACCGGAAAAAAGUUCUUUGAGAUUUACUUUCAUAAACACUUAAAAGAAGGAAUUAUGGAGAUGUUUCCUCAAGGCAUAAGAGAUGCUCUGAUGAAGAGAUCAAUUUUUGAUCUUCUUUGUGACAUAUGGUUUAUGCCCAAAUUCUCAUUGUAUAUUAGAGCAUUCCUAAAGCCCUUUGUAGCCAAUAUUGAUCCUGAAAAUGUAUAACAUUCUCUCCUUAUUAUUUAUAGGCUGAACAAGCCCUGGAAGGUCUACCCUUAGAAGACAGAUAAAUCAUCACAAAAAAAGGAAUAAUCAAUACUUUGCCUAUGCUACUUUAAACUACGGUGGACACCACCUAACAAUAGAUUAAUGACAGUGAAGUUCCUUAGACUCCUCACACUCCAUCAAAGAUUAAACAAAAAAAAACAAGAUAUGAUAGAAAAUAAUAUAAUAGAACAAAAUCUAAAAGAGUAUUCAAAGAAGAUAAAAUUGUUUCCACCUUUAAGAUGCCUUGGACUAUUGUUAAAACAUAUGAAGAGGACAGAGCUUCUAUUAUGUCUUCACAAUCAGAUAUUGAUUUCUCAAAUAAAUAAAACUUUUCAAUUGUAGAAGAAAUGAAACCUCUACCAUCACUUUAAGAAAAUAUUGGAUUCAAAAAUAUAGAGCUAGUUCUUAAACCAUAAACCAGUUAAGAAUAGAUCAAAUGGGAUAACCUAGAUAAUUUCUACAAUUAAGUCAAAGACACUGUUCCAGGAAGUCAUAAAAGUAUAUAUUCAACAUUAAAUUCUUUAGGACCAUUAGAAAUGAUAUUGAAAAUUACAAAUCUAAUUAAUAAUAUAGUUCAUUUUGAGAAAAGAAGCAAGUAAAUUUUGGCUAUCAAUAAUAAUGCUUUAAUUAAGGCCUUCAUAAUUUCUGCAGUAAAUUAAUAUCAAUAUAAUAAGGCUGCUUUGGCAUUUUAAUCAUACAUUUCUACUAGGACAAGAAGAUUGAUGAUGCAAACUAUAAUGAUUAUUUGUUAUUUAGGAAGUGCAGGAAUAGCUACAGGAACUCUAGGUCUGUGUCUUGUUAAAUUUGUUAAUCAAAACAAAAAAAAAAGAAAUUGA